CCCUUAAACCUUUCAUCUGUAUCGGAGAAGACGAGGUAGAGGUAAAAUCAGAGUGUUACCUACGACAAGUCGAAAGCUAUCUAAGCGAGUUUGGUAGCACACAUUUGCAACAGACCCACACCCAGUUCGCUUAGCACACAUUUGAAGGAUUCAGAUGGAUCACUUUGCAGCAGCUGAAGAGCAAAUUGCUUCACAGAAGCUGAGGCAGAAACUCGACGAAGUCAAUGUAGCUGCUCAAGCUAAUCUUGCCCCUAUUCAGGACCAUGUCAAUUAUACUCUUCAGAAAGCCUAUUUUAAAUGUGCGUAUGAGUGCUUUGAUAGACGCAGAAGGCAGGAGGAGAUAACCAAUUGUGUUGAAAAUUGCAGCGUUCCUCUUGCUAACGUGCAACAGACUUUUGAUCAUGAGAUGGCAAGUUUUCAGGAGAAGUUGAAUAGAUCUCUGAUGGUCUGUCAAGACAAGUUUGAGGCAGCUAAGCUCCAGCAGAAAGCUGGUGCUACCACUGAUAUGAUUUCCUGUGCUGACCAAGCAAUUCAAGACAGCAUUAAGAUGCUGCCAAUUCUUACCAACAGGUUGAAAUCAUCCUUUGGCAUUAGGGAAGACAUUUAACUUCUGUUGCAAAUGAAAAUUGGUGCAAGACUCUGUAACUCCAUGGAGUACAGAAGAUAACACCAUUCCUAUAGAGUGCUAUUGCAUCUUGAUUCAUCAACAAAUUGAAUCAAUAAAGAUGGAUAAGACGGGUAUUUCGAAACUGAAAAUGCAUUCAUUAGGUUUUCUUUCAGUACUUUUCAAACAUAGCUUUCUUUCAAGAUUUUGAUUAUUCAGACAUAUAGCAAACUACCCAUGUAAUAGAGCGUUCUGUUCUUUUCGCAUAAUGCAAGUCCAGGACUUAGACUUAUCAUAGGCGCAGCCUUGAAUGGUGAUUCUUAUCUUGUCUGUAUUUUAAAUUGGUGGAGUGUGGAAUGCUGCCUUACAAGCAGGUUAUUAGUGUGGUUUUGGUUUUAAUAUGGAAGAGUUUCAGUCAACGAUAGAUGUUGUAAGAGAAAAUUCAUGAAAUAUUUGAUUGAAGUAUUUUUUCUUGUUUUUUCAAUUACAAAAAUGUCAUUUUAUAGAUA